AGAAGAAAACGCACAGAGCCUCCGUCACCCAUUGUCGUCUUAUAGACACCGAAAGAAGAAGAAGAAGAAGAAGAAGAAGAAGAAGAAGCAAACAUUACACAUUUUCAGAGAAGAUGGAGAGAGCAGCAAUUUCCCCAAGUCUCAGUCAAAAUUACCUUCUUUGUCCGUCACGCGCCUUCACCACAAGUCUCCACUCUUUCUCCUCUACUCGGAACUUAUCGCCAUCAUCUUCCUCAAUCAAGCUUCAGCAUUCUUCGUCUUCUUCAUCUUCCUCUGUAUCCUCCAAAUUCAUCAAUGGCGGAAACUCCCUUACUCAAUGCAACGCUGUUUUAUCCAAUUCUUCUUCCAGGGAUGUGUCUGAAUUAGCCGACAUAGAUUGGGACAACAUAGGAUUCGGGCUCAAGCAGACUGAUUACAUGUACGUGAUGAAAUGUGACCUUGAUGGGGAAUUCUCUAAUGGUGGAUUGCAACGUUUUGGGAACAUUGAAGUCAGCCCAUCUGCUGGUGUUCUCAACUAUGGACAGGGAUUGUUCGAAGGGAUGAAAGCGUACAGGAAGGAAGACGGUAAAAACAUCCUCCUCUUUCGUCCCGAGGAGAAUGCAAUCCGUAUGAGAAAUGGUGCUGAGAGGAUGUGUAUGCCUGCUCCUACCGUUGAGCAGUUUGUCGAAGCUGUGAAAGCAACUGUAUUAGCAAACAAACGAUGGGUACUGAAUGACAUACUUCUUUUCCCUGGAUAUGCAAAGGAAACUACUAAAAAUUAUGUUUUGCUUAUGAUGUCUUGUUUUCAGAUUCCACCUGCAGGUAAAGGUUCCUUAUAUAUUAGACCUUUGCUUAUGGGAACUGGUGCUAUUCUUGGUCUUGCGCCUGCACCAGAAUAUACAUUCCUUGUCUAUGUUUCUCCUGUUGGAAACUACUUCAAGGAAGGUGUGGCAAUCAAUUUGAUUGUGGAAAGUGAAUUUCACCGUGCAACCCCUGGUGGUACCGGAGGUGUUAAAACCAUUGGCAAUUAUGCUGCAGUACUAAAAGCACAAUCGAUUGCAAAAGCUAAAGGAUAUUCCGAUGUUUUGUACCUUGAUUGCGUUUACAAAAGAUAUCUUGAGGAAGUCUCGUCUUGCAAUAUCUUUAUUGUGAAGGACAAUGUGAUCUCUACUCCUGAAAUAAAAGGAACCAUCUUACCAGGGAUCACUCGGAAAAGUAUAAUGGACGUGGCUAUAAGCCAAGGGCUUCAGGUGGAGGAACGUAAUGUGACAGUGGACGAAUUACUAGAAGCAGACGAGGUUUUCUGCACAGGAACCGCCGUGGUUGUGUCUCCCGUUGGAAGCAUUACUUACAAAGACAAAAGAGUAUCUUACGGAGAAGGUAGCUUUGGACCUAUCUCGAAGCAACUCUACACCGUUCUGACAAGCUUGCAGAUGGGUCUGAGUGAGGACAAGAUGAAGUGGACUGUGAAUCUGAGUUAGAAAAAAAAAUAAUCAGGCAAAUGCAUUUGAUCAAAUAUGGCUGUUUUUUUUUUUGUCUUCAUUUUCUUUGAAGUCUGUGAUUCUCAUUCGUAAAACCAAUAAGUUGGAUUGCUUAAAAAAACUGGUCGAUCUUAAAAGUUCAGAUCUUACAACUUAGCUGUUUCAAGAUUAGUAGAUGUUGUUGUUAACCAACUCAUUGCCAAUCUUUAUCUUUCUGUUUGAAACCUUGAUAUAUAAUAAAUAAAAAAAAGGUUGC